UAGUAUAAUUUUUCUAUGUGCUGCAUUCUUGGGUUUUUUUUACGUGCGGGCACUUUUUCUAUAAAAUUUUUUAACACAAAUUUGUUCAACUCAUCGCCCAAAAUAUAUACAAUUUUAUUAAUUUAAAUACCCAAUUAAACUUAAUUGUAAUUGUUUUUCGUGUGUUUUUUUCCAUACCCGAACAUAAACAAUUUUUGAAAUUUUUUCAUUCUCAAUAAAAUAUACUAAAAUUUCCCCCAAUAGUACAAAAUUUCGCUCGAUCCACAUCAAGACGACGAAAGGCGACAGUAUACAAUAAAAAAAAAGUCUUUUUUAAAAGAAAUGAUCAAAAAAUUAUCCCCUUUUCUCAGUGCAGUUUUUUAUAUACAUUUUGUUUGUAUACUUUAAUACUAACAAAAACGAAUAAAAUGUGUUUGAAUUAACGAAUUUUCCUCUAUAAAUUGUUUAUAAUUAUAAAUUUUAUCAAAUAAAAAAAAAAAAAAAUUACCCCGAGUAAUUAAAGUGAAUUGAAAGAAGAAAAAAAAAACACCCGCAAGAGAAAAAAAAAAGGGAAAUUUUCAGUGUCGUGCUCAUAUUGGAUUCGAAAAAAAAACUCAACCUAUCUCCCUCUUACUCAUUGGUUUUAUAAAAUUGUGAUACCUCUUUCGUAUUCAUUUACUCCCAUUUGACAGAUCAAAGCAUAAUUAUUUUGUUUUGCUUUCGAGUAGGUAGUGUAAAACUGUAAAUCAUUGAAAAGUCAAAAAAAAAUACUGCUACUAAUUUUUUGUUAAUGCUAAUGUUGUGCCGCCAUAGUUCUCUCUGAGAGGAAUUACAUGAUUAUGUUGAAGAGAAUGUGAAUUGAAUAUUUUGAUUUGAAUAAUUUGUCUAAUUAAAUCGACAUACUAAAAAAAGGGUUGAAACUUUGUUGGAAAAGUGUGCGUGUGUGUGUGGUGGAACUGUGUGAGGAGAUAGAGAGAGAGAGGAAGUAGAGUUUAUUCUACAUUCAAUUCAGUUCAUUUACAACACUGACACACAAGACAACCGCACUCAACACAUCUCGUAUAAAACAAAAUGGCAGUUGAAUUGACUUCGUCUUCGUACUUGGGGACCACUGGGUGUGAAUGAACUAGUAGAAGAGGCAAACUACUGUCGCGCGAGAACACUGUGAAAUCGGAACACGUUCGUGUGUUUCAUUUCAAUUGCCUUUUGCCUGUGCCGUCAACACCGCUGGUUUACCUACAAUUUUUUUUUUAAUUUCCUCCAACUUGCUACUGCUCUUUUUUUUUUUUUUUUUUGUCAAAAAGCCUCUCUGUUUCGUAGGUUGUUUGUUGGCUCAACAAAAAAUCAUUCCUAUUUGCUAUAUUAUUGUGGGGUGUGCAUUUAUUAAAAAACACCAUCUCUCCACUCAAUAUAACCACCAUCUGGGAAAAAGCCAUUAGAAUUAAUCUCUUGUUGCUAAAACCAGGUGACGAAGAGAAUAGAAGUCUCGGUAAUCAUAUGGGUUGUCUCAUCGUCAAAAAAAAAUCAACCACCAUUCAAAUGUGCACCCACUUGAAUGAAUCCCCUUUUUGUUGGUUGUAUUACAAAACCUAGAAAGGAAGUAAAAGAAUAAGACAAUACCAACAACGGAAACGAACGAGGACAAAUCACUCGCUUCGAACUAUACACAAUUUUGGUUCCUACUAAAAACACGAUAGAAAUAUGAAAAUAUUGCUUCUUCUCACUUUCAAUUAAGAUUAUGAUGAUGCAAAAAGAAUCUUGUAUCCUAGAGAAUUGGAACUAUAUAUUAAAUAAAAUCGAAAUGAAAUUGAGAAAUGAAAAUUGAAGAUUUUAUUCAACGCCGUCAUCAUCAACAACAACAUCAUAUUGCUAUUAAUUCUACACCAUUUGCAACUGCUGCUGCAUCAGCAAUAGUUGCCUCUUCUUCUUCUUCUUCCUCGUCAUUGUCUUUAACAACUAAACGAUCAUUAUCAUCAUCUAAUAUUUUAGCAAUUAAUGCACCAUCAUCAAAAAAGAAAAAUCAUAAAAAUGACGAUGAAACAAUAUGUUCUACGAAAAUGAACAAUGAGAAUAAUAAUAAUAAUAAUUCAAUUAUAAAUGCAACAACAGCAAUAAUACAACAACAACCGAUUAAGAAUGGUUUAAAUGGUUCUUCUUCUACAACAACAACAAAUAAUACUACUCCCAUUAUUAGUACAUCAUCUACAACAUCAUUGAAUAAUAGUUGUUCUUCUUCGUCGUCUUCAUCAUCUUUAUUGUCGUCGUCAUCAAUUAUUGCAGCAGCAACUAUUGCAACUAGUGCAAGUUCUGCUGGGGGAUCAUCAUCAUCAUCUUUGUCGUCAUCAGGAAUUAAUAUAGUGGCGGCUGUAACUGAUAGUAGAAUACACGUUAGUCGAGCUAAUCCAAUUCAUUCGACAAAUAGUAGCAGUAACAGUAAUCAACAACAACAACAUCAUUAUCAUCAUAACAACAAUAAUAAUAAUAAUGGAACGACGAUAUCAACAUCGGGGGCGACGACGAUUACAACAACAAUAUCGAACAGACAUGGCAGCGGUAGUGCAAUUUCUUCACGGAUAAAAGUUGAACCGGUUGAAAAUAUAAAUGGAGGAGGAUUGGAUUAUUCGGGAUGUAAUAAAGGUGGCGGUGGUAGUAUGGACAGUGAUGUUGUUGUUGGCAGGAUACAAACUACUUCAUCAGCAACAUCAUCAUCGUCGUUGUCAAUGGCAGCAGCAGGAGGAGGAGCAGGAACGACAAGUGGUGAUAGCAGUAGAUCAGGCAUCGGUGGAAGGUUGCAAUUUUUUAAAGAUGGAAAAUUUAUUCUUGAGUUGGCUCGUGCCAAAGAAGGUGAAAAAUCCGGUUGGAUAUCUGUUCCACGAAAGCAAUUUCGUUCGCCUUCGGCCACAUCUUCGACCGUUACGCCCACAUAUCCCAAAAACGAAAGUUCAACAUCAUUAAGUUUUUCGGAUGAUAACAGUUCCAUACAGUCAUCGCCAUGGCAACGUGAUCAUUGCUGGAAGCAAUCAACACCUCGCCGUGGCAUCUCAAAGGAAAUGUGUUUUUAUUUCAAGCGUACAAAACAAACCAUAGUCUCACUAGAUGGCUUCAAAAGCGCUCGAAUAAAACGUCGACGGCCCUUAGAUAAUUCUGUGUGUAAAACACCAUUUAGGCUGGCGAAAAAUGGAAGUAGCAUAGCUGCUGAAGUUGUUGAUAAAAAAGUCAAAAAAGAAAACGAAAAUUUUCAUGAAAAUAAAACUGAUGAAAGUGCUGAUGUCGAAGACGAACACAAUACAGCUAUGGAUGAAGAGAAAUCUUCUGAUGAUUCAAGUACAGAAAAAGAAGGGUCCAUACGAGAUUCAUCGAAGACCCCUACCCCAGAAUCACAAUCUUCCGAUACUGUAGAUGGUGCGUCUUCUUCUUCACCGCUCUCAUCUAAAUCCGAAUCAAUAGAAACCCCACAACAGCUACAAAAAACAACGAAAGAUAAAAACAGAAUAAUGAAUGGAGAAAAAAGACUUAAAUCCCGAGCUAAGCUCUCAACGAUUAUACAGAAACUUCUUGACCGACUGCCGACCGGUCUCUAUCAUUUGUCAAAAACACAAAUUAUUGGAGGCGGCGGAGGAGGCAACGGCUCACAGCACCACCCACACAGUCAUCAUCAGACCCAUUCAUCGCACCAAAUGCCAUCGACAUCGUCUAGAUUAGCAUCCGAACUGCACUACCAUCAGCAGCAUGUUUCGCCGCGAAAAAGAAUACUCAGAGAGUUUGAAAAAGUAUCGUUGGAAGACUCGCCAGCAGUGAAUAGCAAACGAAGUCGUGCGAAAGGCAACUCUCCAGCAACAGGGACAAUGCCCUUAACACCAAUUCCAACAGGUCGAGGUGUGGCGGUGCCGUCCUCUAACACCAACAAUUAUGUUACAAAUGGCAACCGCAUAGAACCAACGGUAGCCACAACUAACAACAGCAAUAUUAUUCCCAACAACACCCCAACUCGACUGUAUAGCAGCUACAGCAUCCACUCGUUACUCAGCGGCAACAAUAGUAACUCCAGCAAUAGUAACAAUAAUGCGAAUAACAAUAGCAGGGUUAAAGUGGAACAUCAUUCGGUGAAUAAUCAAAGCGGCGGUGGCGGCGGAUAUAAUGAUCCCUCGUACCUGCGAGCGAUGCUGGCAUCACCUAAGUCACCCGAAGGCUGUACAACAAAUAGCAAAUCAUCGCCGUAUUCAUCUUCAACGAGUGGCAGUGCCAAAAAACGAUCUCCCCCAUAUUCGCCGCUUAGUGAAAUCCAUCAUCAUCAUUCAAGAAAUCGAAGUCCCAAUGUGGACUAUGGAAGUAUGCGCUCACCACCAGAAGCACAUAGCAAUAGAUCAUAUGGCAACAAUACAGCUAGCUCCUCGUCGCGACUGACACCGCCUCAUGGGUAUCUAACUUCUCCCAAGAAUUCCAACUCUUCAGCGGGAAGCGAUGGAUACAAGUUGAAGUCAGAGAAUUUAACAAAUUCCUCGCCCAACCACCAUUUCUAUUCACCCUACAUGAUGUCGCCAAAAUAUGUACCGCCACCGAGUGCAAUGUCACCGAAUAAUGUAGGCGAUACAUACCAUCCGAAGCUGAAGGGUGCGAGGUCACCUAGCAGUCAGCAGCAGCAACAGCAACAGCAGCAGCAAAACUUGCGUGGUGGGAUUUUUCGCACCCAUUCGCCGCAUGCGACCACAAAUCACAGUGGCAUACCUAGGGAAUCAUCACCCAUUGGAAUGCAAUCGUCGCCGUCUCCUGGCGGAGGAGGUGGGACAGGAGGUGGCAUGACAUCGCAAUCAUCGUCAACGUCCACUCCAAGAACUGUACCAAAAAAGACUGUCUCCAUACGUAGACAAUUUGCGUCGCCAUCAUCUUCAUCGCCAAGUCCCGGACUGAGUGAGCAUUUGAAAAAUUCCGGCAAUAGCAAUAAUUAUAGCAAAGGAGAAGAGCGAACAGCGAUGUCGUCACCGGACAACAGGCGAACGCCAACUCAAGACUCAGCUGCUGCGGCUGCAGCCGUUGCGGUAAGUAAAUACCAUCAGCAAGCGGCAGCAGCUGCAAUGAUGCAACGCUCAUCACCGCUUGGCGGUGGUAGUGCAUCAUCACUUUACUAUAUGUACCCGCCACCAAAUGGAUCACCGAGUCCGCAUCAUUCCUCUUCGUCACCAUCGCCGUCACCAUCAUCGUCAUACAUUCCGCAAUUAAAUCCAUAUUAUCAUCCAUAUGUAUCGACAUUGGCUGCAUUACGCAAUCCUUUGUGGAUGCAUCAUUAUCCGGCAGCAGCGGCGGCAGCUGCAGCCGCUGCUGGUGCUGCUGCUGUAAUGAUGCCUUCGUCGGCUGCCGGUGGACCAGUUCCACAACAAGGAGUGCCCUUCUUUCCAUAUAAUGGAGCUGCGGCAAGUACACCAUCGCAUUUGCACCACCACUCAUCGUAUGCACAAAUGCAUUUAGCAGCGGCGGGCCAGCUGGGACUGCAGCCACCACCACAACAACCACCUCCCGCAUCAAUGAAUCGAUCCCCACCAACGACUGACGAUAGAAUAUCAACUAGUAGUAUUAAAGAAGAACAUAGUUCAGAUGUCCCUUUGAACCUUUCAAAACAUUAAAAAAAAAAAAACGAUCGAUACAUUGGGUCCAUUUUUUAGCAACGUAAGUCAAACAAUUCACUCUAUUUUUAUUAAUAUUUAACAUAAACGAAAAAAAAAAACGACUAUUUUAUUAUGAUAAACAAACAUAUUUAUAUCUUUAUAUAUAUAUAUGCACACACACAAUAUAUAUGUAUAUGUAUAGUUAUAAACUAAGAACGAAAAGCAAACAAAAGAGCACACAUAAAUAAAAAUAAAAUUAUUUUGUAUUAAAAAUAUAAAACGAUUUUUUUCAAUUGCGAAAUGGAACAAUUUUUUUUUUAAGAAAACAUAAAUUAUUAUUUCAUGUGUAUAACUAUAACUAUAUAUAUAUUUUUUACUAAAUUGUAUUUGCUAAAAAAAAAAACAAAAAAUAAAAAUACGAGAAGAAAAUAUUUUUUAACAAAAAAAAACAUGUAUUUUAUAAAUGUGAAGAGAAUGUUUUUCUUAAAAGAAUCUCAGCCGUUCAUGGUUUUUUUUUAUAUAGACUGAAUGAAUUUUAUUUAAAAACGAAGGAAAUUUAAGGAAACAAAAAACAAAUUAGAUUGAACUACAUUUUUUUAAGAUCUUAAUAGUAUAUAUUUAAAAUUAAAUAUUUUGUAAAUGCUUUUCAUACAAAAAAUAGAAACUGAAACAGAAACAAACUGAAACAGAAACAGAGGAAAAUACAAAAAAAAUCAAAAUAUUUCCUUAUCAAAUUUAUAUAUAAAACAAGGAAAUUUCAAAAACAAAAAAUAGUUAAACUUUAUACAUACAUUUACAACAAAAAGAAGAAAAAAUAAUAAUACAUAUACUAUGAUGAAACAAAAUAUUUUAAUUCAGGUAAAACAAAAUUUAAGAAUUAACAAACAAAAACACAAUGAUGUGCCUUUGAGAGGAUUAUUUAAACAAAACAAAUUAAAUUAAAAAAAAGAAUGAAUUUAUACUAUUUACGAGUAAGAGUAACAAGAAACACCCAUUUUAUUAUGACAAAUAAGAUAUUGGAAAACAAACAUUUAAGAGUUUGGGGUCUAGUAUGAGGAUUUUAUUUAUAAAUAUGACCAGAAUUGUUUUUUUUUUUUUUUUUUAAUUUUAAUCCCUAAUCAUAGGACAACUAAUCAUCAACACUCCAUCAGAGGACAAUUUAUAACAAGAAACAUUUCGUUAAGAGAAAUCAUUGAACAAAAAAAUAAAAAAACAACCACUAGCGAGUGUCAAAUAAAGUGAACUAAAAAAUAAAUUCCUCAAAUCGAACCUUGUGAUGACCUUUCUUAUGAUGAGUUGCCCAUGAUGAGUUGAACUAUGAUUAUAUUUGAUGUGAUAUGUUGGGUUGAUCCGUAUUUUUUUAACCAGUACUUGUUGAAAACAUUUUCUUUUGACUAUUUUUUCUCUUUAAAUAGUGGUGCUUUUUAAUCCCAGUGAGAAGUUUUCAACGCCAUUAUAUAUAUUCUAAAAUCUGAAAAAUAGUUAAACAGAAUAACCCAACAUACAUUUUAAACAUUCCAGUGAGCCACAAGAACUUUACAACGCCAUUUAAAUUUCCAUAUAUUUUUAUCUGAGCACGGGUUAAAGGAAGAGUUAAAAGUUAUGACGUUUUGACGCUAUUUUAUUUUGUGAUAUGUUUCCUUCGAAAAUAGAAUUUUUCUAUAGAAAUUUGCAUGUACAGCUGCGAGCAAAAAAAUAGCAGCGAUUUGAAAAAUAUUUGAAAUAAAGCAUUAAACAUUAAAAGAGCUUUGAUUUUGGAAAUUUUUUUAGGUAAAACUCCUUAAGUUUCAUUAAAAUUUAAAUUUUAGUAAAAAUGGAAUUUAAUUUAUUCCUAUUAAGCUAAGAAAUAAUCCAAAAACAAAAUAAGCCUCAAAUUUAAGCGAGCAAAAUAAUAGCAGUGAUUUUCUUUUUCUAUUAAAUUUAAAUAAAACAAGGGCGAAAAAAGUUCAAUUAAACGGUAUUUUAUUAGAGAAAAGGUAGUAUUCGCUCCCAUGACCGUUAUUUUUAACUACCGCUUCGCAACGACCUUCAAUGAAGUCGUAAAGUCCAUGAGAUCUUUGAGGUGCUAUAGAUCACCAAACCUGCUCAACAACGGUUCAUAGCUCCCGCUUUAUAAGUUUUGGCUUAAGACACAUCUCCUUUUAUAUCCCCCCAAAGUUUCUAGAAGGGAUUGAGGUCUGAAAGACUGAGCAGGUUACUUAAUGACCUCAAUCUUAGUAUCUUGAAACCAUUGCCUGGCUGCUCUGCUAGUGUUUUUUGGGUUAUUAUCCUGUUGGAAGACCCAUUUAAGCUUCAUUUGGUGUCGGAGUAAUAGCAGCAUAAUGUUUUGCAAACUAUUCAGGUGCCAGAGCUGUAUAAUUAUACUUUUGAUACAAGAUAUAAGGCCAAGUCCAAUAUUAAGCCUAGUACAUACUUGUGAAGCAAGUCGUGAAGUGAAUCCAUACAAUUCUUUUUUGUGCAUCCGUGAACGUUCCUGUGAACCUUCGUGGUGAAAAAGAAAUUCAUGAAAUUCUUUCACUCGUGAAUCUACUCCCCCUAUAUAUUUUUUUGAACAAAAUUAAUUUUAAAAUUGAAAAAAAAAAUGUAUGAAUUCACUUCACUACUUGCUUCAUACUAUUUUUUUUUGACAAUUUUUAAACUUGCUUUACAAAAGAAUUAUUUUUGAAUAAAAAAUGCUCUCAAAAGAUGUUGGACUAUGUUCGUAUCGUGUUUCUAGGAUCGCUAAAUCCAAAUCCAGGAUUUCUUGAAUAAUAUUAGUUGAAGCAGGUUUGAGGGUCGUAGUGGGAAAUUAAUAUCGAAAAUCUAAAAUAAAAAUCUGACACGUUUUUUCGGGAUCAAUUUAUCUAUUGAUUUUAUUUUGUACAGUUCUUUCAUUAAAUUUAAUAUUUAGGAAAUAUUUAUUAUUUCGUACAAAUCAAGUAACUGUUCGAAGUUUUAAUGAAACUCAACGGAAACCACCUGAAGUUAAGUUCUGAAUAUUAAGAAGCUUUGAUUGGUCAGUAAGGUGAAAUUUGUUGCUGACCAAUGAGAGCCUCUAAAAAUAUUGCUUUAGUUUUCUCUUGACUUUAAGCUUUUAUAAUUAUUUAGCUUAAAGUUCACAGAAAAAUACUGCAAAUGUGCCCUUUAAUACAAAAAAAGUUUUUUUUUUUUUUAAUCUAGAAAAGGAAUAACUAUAAUCAACUUUUUCUAGAGAGAAAAGAACAAAUAUUAUGUUUCAAAUUGAAAUAUUAAAAGAAAAAACUUCAAUAAGUUUCUCAACAAAAUUUUUAAUAAGGAAACUCCAUUUAUAGACCUUAUAGUUCAAUAUUAAUUGCAUUUAAUUUUAAAAUAAAAGUUUGGGUUUUUUUAUAUUCACAAUUCUGAGAAUGUGAAGAUUUCUAGAAUCUUAGAAAAAAUCAAGUUUAAAAGCAACCGUUACAGAUUUCAUAUUUCUUUCUGAAUUCUGAGUUUUUAUUAUGAACAAAAACUUUUUUAACUUGGAAUUCACAAUGAAAUAUUAUCGAUUGGUUGUUGAAGGGUUGACUGACCAAACUGUUAAAUUUGCUUAGGACACAAAUUUUCUUUACACACAAUAUUGUAUUCAUCUAUGCUUGGCUUCUGAGUGACAAAUAAAAAAUAUCUCGCUCAAAAACCAAGCAAAUGAAACAAUGAAGUUCGAAUAAGGAGUUAACUGAUGCGUGUUUACUUUUAAUUACUCUUGUAGUUCACCAUAAGUUUUUAUUAUUGGUGCAAAUGAAAUUUUUGGAAAAAAAAAAAAACAAUUCCUCAGACAAAAAUGUUGCAUGUUUGAAGAUGUUUGAAGUAAUUCGUGUAGUAUUUAUUCAGUAAACGGAAAAGAACUUUCUUUUAUUUAAAUUAGAUUAAAAAAAAAACUUUUCGGGAAUGCACUUUCAACUGACUUUUUCUACCAAAAAUGGAAAUGUAUGCUGUUUUGCAAUGUUCCCAAAAAAGGCUUUUGUUAUGGUUUAUGGAUCAAUACAAUAGGUUUAACCUCAUUUAAAUAAGUUUGAGUUCACAGUUACAUAUUUCAGUGGGCAUGUUUUUUGCGGAAUAAAGUGCUGUUUAUUGAAAAAAGUUUUAUAACAAAGCUUUAGUUGCGAAUAAAUUAAAAAAAAAGUUGUAGACCGAACAAAAUUUAAUUUUCAUCACUUUUCUGUUGUUCUUUGGAAUCUAUCUUGCGCAAUAUAUCCCCUAAUAUGUGUCCUAUGCGUAUAGGUUUCUUUUUUGUUCCGUUUGAAAAUGAACUUAUUCAAGAAAGAUUUCAGCUAAGAUCUAAAACUUUUUCGUAUAAGAACCAAUCUUGUACUUUUAAUAAGGUUUAAACUUUAAAUCUUAUUAAGACUACGAGGAAAUUUUUUUUAUUAUUGGCAUGUAUUCAGUUUUUUUUUUUCAUAUGAAUUACUUGCUCAAGGGUUUUUGUCAAUUUAUCUUGACUGUUAUCAAACUUAAAAGCUAUUUUAUUCAUUGAACCUUAAGAUAAUAUGAUAAAGCUUGGCAGAUGAAGCAAAACAAAAAAUGCAAACAACCAAAUGCUACAAUAAUGAUUGAGUUAUGAGGUCUUCUACUUGUGUGCUAAAUGAGAAUAAUUUUCUGAAAAAUAAAUGUAAAAAAAAGGAAAAAAUUAAAAAAAGUCUGAAACGAGUUAAACACCGUUAUAAAUUCACAAAUACUAAAUUAGGAUGUCUAUUAAAAAUAAAAAAAUCGCGCGAUUAUAAAAUUUGACACCUCGAAAUUGAUUCUUCGCUUGCCAAAAUUUAACACUUUUGCCUUGAAAAAUGCAAUAAAUUGAAAAACAAGUAUUUGAAAAUACAUACAUAUAUUUAAAGUUCAAGUAAGUUUUGAGUUCAAAGUAAGAGGUAUUAAUAUCAAUUUGUUACUAGAUAGAGAUUACUAUGUAAAACACAUUCAAAAUCAGCACUGCUCAAUUCCUUUUCCGCCAAUUAUCUAAAAAGCUAGAAACAAAUCUUAAAUUAUGGACAAUAUUUAAUUGGAAAUUUUGUUAUACAUAGAAUGAAUAGGGAACAAUUUUUAUUUCUUAAUUUUGUCCACAACUUAUCAAGAAAACAUACAAAUCAAACUCGCCUUAAAUAAAGCGAAGACAAAUAGGUUAUCUCGGUAUGCAUGUUCUUAAUAAAAAAAAAACAUUGUUCGAAACUGCGGCUCAACUUUUUCUCCAAAUCUUUUCCAAUUCUCACUUCAAGUGGGAAAUUUUACACCAGAAAAAAUUUCCACUAGAAGUGUUAUUUCCCAUGUGAAGGCAAUUCCCGUGAAGUUAGUUCCCUACACCGUCUUACAUGUGGUAGAUUUACAUUGAUUUUUAUAUGUAUAUGUCAAAUUAUACUUAUACAUACACAGAUUCUCUAUCCUUUAUCGUUUUAUUCAAAAUCUUCCAAUAUGAACUCAUACUAGAUUCAUUUUCCAAUUUUGUCGUCAUAAAAUAAAAUACAAAAAACUAUUUUUUGAUAAAAUUAUAAAAAAAAGAAACAAAACAAAAUAUUUGUUAAUUCUAUUCCAUGCUAAAAACUAAAUAUAUCAAAACGGUUUAAACAUAUACCAUACAAAUUUUAUUUUUCUCUACAAACAAACCAACAAAAAACAUACAAACAUUAUAAAACUUGAAACAAAAAAUUUAAAGAUCAAAAAAUAACUAAAAAUCAAUAAAAUCACACAGUUUGAGCUUAGCUGGGCUAAUAGCCAAAAUUCCUAUUCAGAAAAGACAUUACUAGUUAUUAUUAUUAUUAUAAUUAUAAUAUUAUAUA